AUGGGAAAACAGUCGCCCACACAAACAAACAAUAAUACGACGGCUGUAUUGUUUCCCAAUACGACGACAAGUAGCCCCCAUAUUACGAAACAAACACAACACUACACCUUGUCAUCUCGACGCCAGAAAUCAGGCGGCAAUAAAAAUGAGCUCUCGAAUAAAUCAUGGGCAAUCAUUAGUGGGGUCCUCGGGACGGCGGCGCAAGUCGCGAGCGGCGCGGGUUGCGUCUAUUUACCUCAUGCCAGACAGCAAUGGCUGUUGGCUUUUCUAGGGAUAAAAGGUUUUGCAUUAAAAGCCGUUGUCAUAUUUUCUACAUAUCUAAGUACAGGUAGUCGAUCCGAGGAAUGUCGUACCACUUUAUACUGUUAG